CAAAUGCUACAACUCAUAACCCCUCACUCUUUUUCUCCUAAAUCCUCUUCUCCUCCUUAUAGUAAAAACCCCAAUUAAAGUAAAUUAAAUUUCUUUACAAAAACUUUCCCAUUUCUUCCAUCGAUUUCUCUUCAUCAUUGAUGGCUACCAAUGGAGCUCCUCUGGGCGAUGGGGAUACGAGGACGAGCUUGGAGAAAAUCAAGCGGCAAUUGGCUUCUGGUUCUGGUCGGAAUUUACUGCAAGGUCCUCUGCUGAAACGAUCGGAGACGCUGAGAAAAUGGAAUGAGAGAUGGGUGAUCUUGGACCCAACUACUGGAAAAAUGGAGUACAAGACCAGGAGAAACGAGCCUGCUGUCAAGGGGACCAUUGUGUUUGAUGCAAAUAGCACAAUAACAAUAUCUCCUGUAAACUUCCAUGGGCUACCAAAGUAUGAUGGCUGCUGUUUCUAUAUUGGGACACCACAGAAAAAGGACUACUUCCUGUGCGCAGAAUCUCCUGGUGCUGCUAGAGCUUGGUUAUCUACUUUACAUGCCACACAACUUGUUUUAAAAGCUCAUAAAGAGGCUGUGAAUUCCUUGAGUGGGAAUGGAUCGACAAAAUUAGGGACAGUUGCCACAGUGGUUGCUGCUGCUAAUUCAACAGCUAUAGAGGCAUCUAAGGAAAUUGAAGCAGCAAUGCAGAUUACCAUGAGAAAUGCAUUAGGAAACAUGUUAAAUAGGACUGCUGACGGUCCCAUGGAUGACCUAUCAAUUAUGAAGGAAACAUUAAGAGUGAAGGAUGAAGAGCUGCAAAAUUUGGCUCGAGAACUUCGUGCUAGGGAUUCAACAAUAAAAGAAUUAGCAGAAAAACUUUCUGAAACUGCUGAGGCUGCUGAAGCAGCAGCAUCUGCAGCUCACAUGAUGGAUGAACAAAGAAAAAUUGCAUGUGCAGAGGUUGAGCGUUUGGCCAAAGACUAUGGGAAACAGCUAGAGUCAUCCAUGUUGAAGCUAAGGGAGUCAGGAGACAGGGUUGUGGUGCUCAGCAAAGAUAGAGAUCAGCUUAUAAAGCAAAGAGACUCUGCCAUGCAAGAAGCACAUUUAUGGCGUACUGAGCUUGCGAAAGCAAGAGAACGGGUUGUAAUAUUGGAGGGAGCUGUUGUCAGGGCUGAGGAAAAGGCUAGAGUUGCAGAGGCUGAGGCAGAAGCUAGAAUAAAAGCUGCAGCAGAAAAAGAGGCUGCAGCCAUUAAAGAGAAACAAGAAUUGCUGGCAUAUAUAAGUGCAUUACAAGAACAACUAAAAAGGCAGCAGGUUGACACCAAACAAGUAUUUGAGGAGAAAUCCGAGUCAUGUUCUGAUAGUAGUAACGUUCCUCUGACCAAGCAUGUGGAUCCAUCAGAGGAGAAUGUCGAUAAAGCAUGUUUAAGUGUUUCUAGGGCUAUUCCUAUGAACAGAGAAAGUAUAGUUCAUCUUGCGGUGGACCCGGCCAACAUGGAGCCAAGUGGAGACGGAGAAUGGAAUGACAUUCAAACAACAGAGGCACGAAUAGCUGACGUGAGAGAGGUUGCACUUGAGACCGAAAGGAGCAGCCUUGAUAUACCUGUAGUCAGUUUGCCUGUAGAUACUGAACAUGAGCAAGGAGUGAACUCUUCUCAUCAGCCGUAGGGUCAAUUCCAUCCUAAAAGGUCCGAGUCAUUGACAUAAAGAAAGAAGCUUUUUCUUUCUUUCUUUCUUUCUUAUUAUUAUUUUUUAAAAAUUUUAUUACGGUCUUGUGUAUGGUGCUAAAUUUUUGGAAAGCAUACCAGGUUCUUAUUUAAUGUUGAUAUCAGGUUCCAUUUUCUUGGUAGAAUGUAGGACCAAAUUUUCAUAUUGAUCCAUUACUAUGUUGUGUGUAGCUGUUGACUGCUUAUGUUCCUUACAAUGGCAUCUAAAAACCAAAAUCAAAAGAGGCUUUUUCUUCCCUGUUGCAUGA